GCCGCCGCCCGAGACUCGCGCAGAGCAGUUAUGGCGGAUCCCGCAGCGCCAGCGCCCGCAGCCCCGGCUCCCGCCCAGGCCCCGGACGCGGCUCCAGACGCGGCCCCGGCCCUGGACGCUGUCCCCGCCCCGGCCCCAGCGCCAGCGCCCGCCCCAGACUCGGCCUCGGGGCCGUCUUCGGACUCCGGCCCCGAAGCCGGCUCGCAGCGGCUGCUGUUCUCUCACGACCUGGUGUCGGGCCGUUACCGCGGCUCGGUGCACUUUGGGCUGGUGCGCCUCAUCCACGGCGAGGACUCGGACUCAGAGGGCGAGGAGGAGGGCCGCGGGAGCUCGGGCUGCUCCGAGGCAGGGGGCGCGGGCCACGAGGAGGGCCGGGCCAGCCCGCUGCGCCGCGGCUACGUGCGCGUCCAGUGGUACCCGGAGGGCGUCAAGCAGCACGUGAAGGAGACCAAGCUGAAGCUGGAGGACCGCUCCGUGGUGCCCCGCGACGUGGUCCGGCACAUGAGAUCCACUGACAGCCAGUGCGGCACCGUGAUGGACGUCAGCAUCGACUGCGCCGUCAAGCUCAUCGGCACCAACUGCAUCAUCUACCCCGUCAACAGCCGGGACCUCCAGCACAUCUGGCCCUUCAUGUAUGGGGACUACAUCGCCUACGACUGCUGGCUGGGGAAGGUCUACGACCUGAAGAACCAGAUCAUCCUCAAGCUGUCCAACGGCGCCAGGUGCUCCAUGAACACAGAAGACGGCGCCAAGCUCUACGACGUCUGCCCGCAUGUCAGCGACUCUGGCCUCUUCUUCGAUGACUCCUACGGCUUCUACCCAGGCCAGGUGCUCAUCGGCCCUGCCAAGAUCUUCUCCAGCGUCCAGUGGCUCUCGGGGGUCAAGCCGGUGCUCAGCACCAAGAGCAAGUUCCGCGUGGUGGUAGAAGAGGUGCAGGUGGUGGAGCUGAAGGUGACGUGGAUUACCAAGAGCUUCUGCCCAGGGGGCACAGACAGCGUCAGCCCCCCGCCCUCCGUCAUCACCCAGGAAAACCUAGGCAGGGUGAAGCGUCUCGGAUGCUUUGACCAUGCUCAGCGGCAGCUGGGGGAGCGCUGUCUUUAUGUCUUCCCAGCCAAGGUAGAGCCGGCCAGGAUUGCCUGUGAAUGUCCAGAAAAACACUGCGCCCAGGGGGAGGGCUCUAUGGCCAAGAAGGUGAAGCGCCUCUUGAAGAAGCAGGUCGUGAGGAUCAUGUCGUGCUCCCCGGACGCCCUGUGCCCCCGGGACCACUCCAUGGAGGACGCGGCGGGCAAGAAGGGGGCCGCCAAAGCCAAGAGCGAGACGGGGUCCACCAGCCCCGAGGGCACGCCCGGUGGGUCCGCCAGCCCCGAGGAGAUGCAGGACGAGGGCCCGGAGGAGGCGCAGGAGGCCGGCGAGCAGCUGCCCCCCUUCCUGCUGAAGGAAGCGGGGGACGACAGGCUGCACUCAGCCGAGCAGGACGCGGAUGAUGAGGCCGCCGACGACACGGAUGACACCAGCUCCGUGACCUCCUCCGCCAGCUCCACCACCUCCUCCCAGAGUGGCAGUGGCGCAAGUCGCAAAAAGAGCAUACCCUUGUCUAUCAAGAACCUAAAGCGGAAGCACAAGCGGAAGAAGAAUAAAAUCACUCGCGACUUCAAGCCAGGGGACAGGGUGGCAGUGGAGGUGGUGGCCACAAUGACCUCGGCGGACGUGGUGUGGCAGGACGGCUCUGUGGGGCGCAGCAUCCGCUCCAACGACCUCUUCCCCGUGCACCACCUGGACAACAACGAGUUCUGCCCCGGGGACUUCGUGGUGGACAAGCGAGUCCAGAGCUGCCCGGAUCCCGCUGUCUAUGGCGUGGUGCAGUCUGGGGACCACAUGGGCCGCACCUGCAUGGUCAAGUGGUUCAAGCUGCGGCCGAGCGGAGACGACGUGGAGCUGAUCGGGGAAGAGGAAGACGUGAGCGUCUACGACAUCGCUGACCACCCUGACUUUCGGUUCCGCACAACCGACAUCGUCAUCCGAAUUGGCAACACGGAGGAUGGAGCACCUCACAAGGAGGAUGAGCCGUCAGUCGGCCAGGUGGCCCGCGUGGACGUCAGCAGCAAGGUGGAGGUGGUGUGGGCUGACAACUCCAAGACCAUCAUCCUGCCGCAGCACCUGUACAACAUCGAGUCCGAGAUCGAGGAGUCAGACUAUGACUCGGUCGAAGGCAGCACCAGCGGGGCGUCCUCGGAUGAGUGGGAGGAUGACAGUGACAGCUGGGAGACGGACAAUGGGCUGGUGGAGGACGAGCACCCCAAGAUAGAGGAGCCCCCCAUCCCAGCCACCGAGCAGCCGGCAGCCCCUGAGGAGGACAAGGGGGUGGUGAUCAGCGAGGAGGCCGCCACGGCCGCCAUCCAGGGGGCCGUGGCCAUGGCCGCCCCUGUGGCCGGGCUGAUGGAGAAGGCUGGCAAGGACGGGCCCCCGAAGAGCUUCCGCGAGCUGAAGGAGGCCAUCAAGAUCCUGGAGAGCCUCAAGAACAUGACCGUGGAGCAGCUCCUGACGGGCUCGCCCACCUCCCCCACAGUGGAGCCCGAGAAGCCCACGCGGGAGAAGAAGUUUCUGGAUGACAUCAAGAAGCUGCAGGAGAACCUCAAGAAGACCCUGGACAACGUGGCCAUCGCGGAGGAGGAGAAGAUGGAGGCGGCGCCGGACGCGGAGCGCAAGGAGGAGAAGCCCGAGGGGCAGUCGCCCGUGAAGGCCGAGUGGCCCAGCGAGACGCCCGUGCUCUGCCAGCAGUGCGGCGGCAAGCCCGGGGUCACCUUCACCAGCGCCAAGGGCGAGGUCUUCUCGGUGCUGGAGUUCGCGCCCUCAAAUCACUCUUUUAAGAAGAUUGAGUUCCAGCCUCCAGAAGCCAAGAAGUUCUUCAGCACAGUGCGGAAGGAGAUGGCGCUGCUGGCCACCUCGCUGCCCGAUGGCAUCAUGGUCAAGACCUUUGAGGACAGGAUGGACCUCUUCUCGGCCCUGAUCAAAGGCCCCACUCGCACCCCGUAUGAGGACGGCCUCUACCUGUUUGACAUCCAGCUCCCCAACAUCUACCCGGCCGUGCCCCCCCACUUCUGCUACCUCUCCCAGUGCAGCGGCCGCCUGAACCCCAACCUGUAUGACAACGGGAAGGUGUGCGUCAGCCUCCUGGGCACCUGGAUUGGAAAGGGGACAGAGAGGUGGACGAGCAAAUCCAGCCUUCUCCAGGUGCUCAUCUCCAUCCAAGGUCUCAUCCUGGUGAAUGAACCCUAUUACAACGAAGCUGGCUUUGACAGCGACCGCGGCCUGCAGGAGGGCUACGAAAACAGUCGCUGCUACAACGAGAUGGCGCUCAUCCGAGUCGUGCAGUCCAUGACCCAGCUGGUGCGGCGGCCGCCCGAGGUCUUCGAGCAGGAGAUCCGGCAGCACUUCAGCACGGGCGGCUGGCGGCUGGUGAACCGCAUCGAGUCCUGGCUGGAGACCCACGCCCUGCUGGAGAGGGCCCAGGCGCUGCCCAACGGGCUCCCCAAGGACAGCAGCUCGCCCGAGCCGCCUGCUGCGGCCGAGCUCUCAGACUUCGGCCGAGAAGAACCUGAGGACGGAGGGCUGUUCCCUGGAGAGGCCUCCCAGGGCUCAGACUCGGAGGGCGGCGCCCAAGGCCUGGCCUCAGCUGGCAGGGACCGCACAGACCAGACUUCGGAGGCAGCGCCUGACACCGCGGUGCCACCCAGCGUCAAACCAAAGAAGCGGAGAAAGAGCUACCGGAGCUUCUUGCCUGAGAAGAGUGGCUACCCUGACAUCGGCUUCCCCCUCUUCCCGCUUUCCAAGGGUUUCAUCAAGAGCAUCCGGGGGGUCCUGACGCAGUUCCGGGCCGCCCUGAUAGAGGCGGGCAUGCCCCAGGGCGCCGAGGACAAGUAGCUGCCAGCCCGGGGGACAGCGCGUCACGCGGGGAGAGGCCAGCUGCUGCCUGCUCACUCCCUCCCCUGGAAGCUCCCCUCUGCCCCUUCCUCCUGCGUCCCCCACGCGAGCCCCGCCCCUGCCCUCUCCUUCCCAAGGUGAGCUUGAUGCUGAAGUGCAGGAAGUUCUCGCGACGCUGCCGUUUCUGUCCCGAAGCAAUCCUCCAACAGGUCGGUCCCUGUGACGAAGGAAACCUGAAGCUCGUCGCUGGCUUUCCACCUGUCGCCCCAGGCGGACGGUCCCAGCAGUUCCUCCCCUGCCGCCUCCACCUCGGGUCGGAGGUGGGCUUUUCCUGGGCCUGGCACGGAGAGCUCUGGGCCCGAGCGCGUGCAGAGCGGCGGGACGAGUGGAUGUGCCUUGCAUGAAGUGUGGGUUGCUCCCGGGCUCGCCUGGUCCCCUUCUUCCUCUUCAGCUCCACCACAGCUUCCUAGUGUCCCAGGCCCUCCCGCCGCCACCACCAACCACGUCCUCCCUCGCCCCCCAACAUCAGCACUCCCCCUCGGGAGCUGGAGCUGCUGUCACCCACGCCUGGCUCCGCUCCGGCCCGUCUGCGCAGGAGAGCCCUCAGGCCUGUUGAACUUGCUCUCUAAGAGAGGUUGGAACCAGGCUGGGGUCAGGGUGACACCCAGGAGAGGUGGUGGCCCUCACACGCUGACUCGGGAUGAGGACCAGGGAGCUGCUGGGAAAGAAACAGCUGUAGGUGCCUUGCUCUUCUGUCCCACGGGGCUGGGGGACAGCAGCUCGGGCUUUUGGGCCUUGGCCGUGCAGACGGAAGCCGACGUCUGUCCCCGCUCAGCCCCACCCCAGGGCCCCAGGAGGCCGGAGCAGCAGCAGCACACACAGGCCAGGGCAAGCGCUGGGGCCUCUCCCAUGGACUCUGCCCCUCCCUCCAUCGGAUGCUCAGGCUGGGAGGCGGCAUGUAGCUCACUGAACACAGAGCCAGCCAGCCCCUCUCAAAGGAGAGCGAGGCCUCCUGCCAGCCCUGGGCUGGCAGGCUCCAUGCAGGAGGGAGGCGGCCAGCAGGGUCCUCCUCCCUCGCAGAGACAGGCCCAGAGGUUUACACGUUUUCUAAGCGUUUGAUAAUGUGAAGCUCCAGGCUGAGAGGAUGCUUUGAGCACACUGCAGCUGUGUAACUUGGGGUGUAUGUAUGUAAUAUUUAAGGUUGAAAGAAAAUAAAUCUCAAAAGCAAAGAUAUUAACUCUUAUUAGAAAAAAAGACAAAAUAAGAAGCCAAAGCAUGAUGCGUCUUGUCCGCCUUACGCUGGCUCCACGCCUGAGCUGCCACGACCCCGCAGCUGGCAGCAGCGAGGGAAGGAUGGGGCCGGACCUCGGGCUGCAGCCUUGGGAGCCCAGAGUCGGUGUCCUGUGCGAGGGACGGGACGUCCCGAGUGGCUGGUGGGACUGCGCUUCCCGGUGCGCUGUUGACGUGGAGAUGUGAAUGCCUACUGCUUAAGAUAUCUGUAUAAAGUGCUGUGUGAUUAAACUUUUUUUUUACUUGCAUUUUUUUCGUUUGGCUCAUUACAAUGUACAAAAAAGACAAGGUGGCACCAUUAAACCUGCCUCUGCCAUUC